AUGUCUCUUUCUAAGAAGUUAACUUUGGACAAACUGGAUGUGAAAGGCAAACGAGUCGUUAUGAGAGUAGACUUCAAUGUUCCCAUGAAGAACAACCAGAUUACCAACAACCAGAGAAUCAAGGCUUCAAUCCCAAGCAUCAAGUUCUGCCUGGAUAAUGGCGCCAAGUCAGUCGUUCUUAUGAGUCACCUAGGUCGACCCGAUGGUGUGCCCAUGCCUGAUAAAUACUCCCUGGAGCCUGUUGCUGCUGAGCUGAAAUCCUUGCUGGGUAAGGAUGUCCUGUUCCUGAAGGACUGUGUGGGCCCAGAAGUGGAGAAAGCCUGUGCAAACCCAGCCAAUGGGUCAGUCAUCUUGCUGGAGAAUUUACGCUUCCAUGUGGAGGAAGAAGGGAAGGGCCAAGAUCCUGCAGGAAAUAAGCUUAAAGCUGAGCCACAGAAGAUAGAAGCCUUCCGUCAAUCACUCUCAAAGCUAGGGGAUGUUUAUGUCAAUGAUGCCUUUGGCACGGCUCACCGGGCCCACAGUUCCAUGGUGGGAGUGAAUCUGCCCCAGAAGGCGUCUGGAUUCCUGAUGAAGAAGGAACUGGAAUACUUUGCCAAAGCCUUGGAAAACCCAGAGAGACCCUUUCUGGCUAUACUUGGUGGAGCUAAAGUAGCAGACAAGAUCCAGCUUAUCAAAAAUAUGCUCGACAAGGUCUGUCACAUGAUUAUUGGUGGUGGAAUGGCUUAUACUUUCCUUAAGGUACUCAACAACAUGGAGAUUGGUGCUUCCUUGUUUGAUGAAGAGGGAGCCAAGAUUGUCAAAGAUAUCAUGGACAAAGCCGAGAAGAAUGGUGUGACCAUCACCUUUCCAGUUGACUUUGUUACUGCUGACAAGUUUGAAGAGAAUGCUAAGGUUGGUCAAGCCACUGUAGCAUCAGGCAUCCCUGCUGGCUGGAUGGGUUUGGACUGUGGCCCUGAGACCAAUAAAAAGUUUGCUCAAAUUGUGGGUGAAGCCAAGCUAAUUGUGUGGAAUGGGCCCGUAGUAUUUGAAUGGGAUGCCUUUGCUCAGGGAACCAAAGCCCUCAUGGAUGAAGUUGUGAAAGCCACUUCCAGGGGCUGUAUCACCAUUAUAGGAGGUGGAGACACCGCCACUUGCUGCGCCAAAUGGAACACCGAAGAUAAAGUCAGCCACCUGAGCACUGGAGGAGGAGCCAGUCUAGAGCUUCUGGAAGGUAAAGUCCUUCCUGGAGUGGAUGCCCUCAGCAACCUGUAG